UGGAGCUCGGCGCUGCUCAUCCAGAACCACCAAUUUGAUGGCGUGAGAGUGAGGGUUUAUCAGCCUAAAAAGCCAGCUGCCCAAAAAAGGAAAGGGAUCCUGUACUUCCACGGAGGGGCUGGUACUUACGGAAGCAUCGAUACCUAUGAGAGAAUAUUACGCCAUUUUGCCAAAGAGACUGAUUCGGUGGUUGUGGCUGUCGGGUACAACUUGGGUCCGGAGAGCCCAUACCCAAACCAAUAUACCGAAUGUCUCAAGGCUGCUGUCCAUUUCAUGAAGAAUCCCGAAGAUUUCGGUGUGGAUCCCAGCCGUAUUAUCAUUAGCGGGGACAGCUGCGGGGCCAAUUUUGCAACCCGCAUUUGUCAGUUGCUGGAGGACAGGACAGAUCUCCCCAAAGUGCACGCGCAAGUUUUGAUCUACCCAGCCCUGCAGGGGGUGGACUUCUAUCUGCCUUCCUAUCAACAAAACAGAAGGGUGCCGAUCAUGUGGCGAGAAUUUGUGGUCUAUUUCGCAUGCCUGUAUCUUCAAAAGGAUGUGUCCCUUACCGCUGAUGUUUUGGAAGGUUGCCAUGUUCCUGAAGACCUGAAACAAAAGUACAGUAAGUGGGUGAGCGGAGACCUUAUUCCUGACGAAUUCAAGGUCCGAGGCUACAAACCCCAGGAUCCUUCCUUGUAUAAGUUUAAGCCCCAGGUAUACGAACAGAUCAAAGAAGUUUUGGACGAAAACUUUUCUCCCCUGUUGGUGGAAGACGCCGUCAUCCGCAAACUCCCCCAGACGUACAUUUUGAUCUGUGAAUUCGAUGUGGUUAGAGACGAUGGGCUCCUGUACAAGAAACGUUUAGAGGACAACGGGGUGCCCGUGACACUGUGCCACACUGAGGGUGGCAUCCACGGAGUCCUCAGCCUUUUUGGCUAUGGCAUCUUCUCCUUUCCGUCUGCAGGACUCAUGGUAAAGGACAUCACAGAGUUUCUCAAAAGCUUAUGAUGAAGCGCAAGCAAAACCAAAAGAGGUUGACAGGAUCACCGGGUUCUGCUGUCUGGAAUAGUGAGCCCGUGGUCCAACCCCAAACUAGUCUGAAGAGGAAGCGAUAGCUGGUGUCCACACGAUACGGUGAAGAGCAAAGAGAUGGUCCACCGGCCUCUUUUUAUUUUCACAAUGGCCCUGGGAGGUAGGUUAGGCUGAGAGAGAGUGUGACUGGUCCAAGGCCACUCAGUGACACAACUUCAUGGCUAAGGUGGGAUUCGAACUCAAAUCACUCUAGCCCAAAAGUAGCCCCU